GUACAUACAUUUUUCUUUGUGGUACAUAUGUCGUCAUGUAGAUCACUGGCAAACUAGAUUCCCAUGGGUCAUUAGUCCCCGGUAACCUAGUUGACGGGGUAUCAAAGUGGUCGAUCACCUGUUAUUAUCUAUGAUAACUGACUCCAGCUAUCAGCAUGAUUGUACAUAAACGGCUAUUUUUUUAUAUAGUGGUUGCGACUUGCAUUUCUUCAUAUUAUGUUUUAUAGUGUUAUAAUAAUUAAUUAGUCAUUCAUUGUUAAGUUUUGCUGUCUCAAUUCUCAGUACGAUAUGUCUAAUUUAAUGAACCAGUGGUUAAAGCGCAAAGAAGUCUGCAUUGAUAAUACAGAUAGUACAAACAAAAAAAAAAAAAUUGAGACAAUUGUUACUCCGUCUACAUCUUUUGGUUCAUCUACAUCAAAUAGUUUAGUAAGUUUAGUUAAUAUUAAUGACAUUGAUAGUACCUCCUAUGAACUAGAUAUCGCAUAUUUUUUAAAAGACUCUAAUAAAAUUUGUUCUGACCAUGAUCGUGCAACAUUAAUAACCAUGGAUAAUUUGCCCAAAACCGAUUUUGUUCUUCCUUUUUCUGUCCAUAUGAAAAAAGGUAAAGAAGAAAAAAGAUACCUAAACAAAAGUUAUUUUGAAAAAUAUAAAUGGUUAACUUUUUCUAAAACAAUGUCAGGACUGUAUUGUAAAUUUUGUGUUUUAUUCGGUGAUAAAGGAGGGAGAUACAAAACGGUUACAUUAAGUAAAUUUGUUUCUAAACCAUUGCAAAAGUACUCUAAACUCUUAGGAAAAGAUGGAGAUCUUGAAGUACACAGCAAACAUAUUUAUCACAUAAAUUGUGUUCAAGUUGCUGAUGAUUUUAUAAAAACGUUUAAUAAUCCUCAAAAAGAAGUAAUAAAUUUAAUAAACAGUGAAAGAAUGAAGCAAAUAACAGAAAAUCGAAAUCGUUUAAAACCCAUAAUAGAGUCUAUCAUAUUCUUAGGUCGUCAAAAUAUUCCAUUACGGGGUCAUCGAGACCAUGGAGACUUUUUUGAAAAUUACAAUGAAGGUAAUUCUAUUGUAAAUAAUGGAAAUUUUCGUGAACUUCUCAACUACAGAAUAAAGGCUGGGGAUUUAGUUUUAGAAAAUCAUUUGAAGACAACACACUCUAAAGCAACCUAUAUAAGUCCUGUCAUUCAAAAUGAACUCAUUGAUUGCUGCAAAUCAAUAAUUAUAGAAAACAUUUUAGAGGAAGUAAAAAUAUCAAAAUAUUAUAGUAUUAUUUUUGAUGAGACCACUGACAUCAGUCAUACAUCACAAAUGAGUUUGGUACUCCGAUAUGUAUCUAAAGGGGUUGUGAAAGAAAAUUUUAUUUCUUUUAUUGAUUGCCAUGCUUAUGCAUAUAAUAAAAAAUGUACUUUAAUUGGAGAUGAUGAGGAUGAAAAUGAUAGUAUUAAAGAAAAAGAUAUCAAUUUUGAACCAAAAUUAAAUGGUGACAUUUUGGGUGAAACAGUAAUUUCUUUAUUAAAAAAUUAUGGCCUUGACCUACAAUAUUGUGUUGGAGUUGGAACUGACGGCUGUUCGGUAAUGGUAUCAGAAGUGCGAGGCGCAGUUAAAAAAAUUCAGUCAUAUGCCAACAAUGCUAUCCAUAGCCCUUGUUCAAACCACGGUCUGAAUUUAUCUAUAUCUAAGUCAUCUACAGUUCAAUCUAUUAGAAACAGUGUCGGACUAAUGAAAGAAAUAUUACAGUUCUUUAAUUGCUCAUCAAAAAGAAAUUUUGUUUUGAAAACAAUUUUGAAUGGUCAGCCACGUUUAAUAAGCUUAUGUGAGACCCGUUGGACUGAACGCCAUGAUAGUGUUAUGGUAUUCAAAACAUCUAUACCAUAUAUAAUAAAAAGCUUAACAAAAAUUUCUGAAUGGCAAGAAUCUGAUUCAUCGUCUAAGGCUAGAACUUUAUUAAUAGCUUUAUGUAGUUGUGACUUCAUAAUUUCAAUUCAUACUUUAGCAAAUAUUUUAUGUGUGACAGCACCUCUUAGUCGUAUUCUCCAAGGUAUGAACAAUGAUAUAUUAAAUGCUAAAAACUGUAUUGAUGAUAUAAUAUUUAGUUUAGAAAAUAAACGUACCAAUUGUCUACAAAUAUUUGGAAAUAUAUAUCAAGAGUGUGUGUUGUUAAUGAACGAAAUGGAUAUUGAAGUUAAAACCCCUAGAUUAUCAAAAUAUCAAACAAAACGCUCUAAUCAUCCAGUAAAUAAUAUAGAAGAAUAUUAUAGAGUAUCAAUAUUUAUACCAUUACUGGACAAUAUCCUAGAAGAUUUAAGAUCAAGAUUUAUAAGAAAACAAAAUAAGAUGUUAUUAGAUUUAUGUUUGUUCAUUCCACGCUACAUCACUGUCAUUUCUAAUGAAGAUUUUAAAAAAAUAACAGAAGCUGCCACAGAAUUAUUUUUAUUUAAUGAGGAAGACUCUAUUGAUCAAAUGGAGCUACAAACAGAACUAGAGAUUUGGAAAACUAAGUGGCAACGAAUAAAAUCUGAUGGUCAUGACGUUUGUCAAGAUGCUUUGUCAUCAAUAGAAAAUUGUAAUAAUAUCAUUUAUCCAACUGUGCAUAAAUUACUUAGUAUAAUUGCUUGUUUGCCUAUUAGUGUAGCAUCCGCAGAACGCAGCUUUUCUACGCUUAGAAGAUUGAAAACAUGGUUAAGAUCCAAAAUGGGGCAAGAACGCUUGACUGGUUUGGCUUUGCUAAACAUACAUCAUACUAUAACUAUAUCAAUAGAUGAUGUUAUAAAUAGAUUUGCUAAUAAAAAAAAUAGAAAUAUAGAUUUUGUUUUAUAAA